AUGGCCCAAUUGGUAUUGGAUACCUUGGUACAGAUAAUCAUGAAUACUCGGAUGAAGUCGGCUUGUAAUUUGGGUGUCUGGUGCUUCUCGGUUCAACAAUUGGAGCCCUUGAUUAUAGAGGAUAGAGCAGAUCCAAUGCUUAUUGCUAUUGUUCAUGCCCUCGACAAUCCAUUUGGUUCCUUGUCCACAACAUUUGACGCAGCUCAGGAAUUUCACUGUACAGGCUGCAACCGAAUUGAUCAUGUAACUACAGCCCACUUGCUUAGUGGUGUUCAUUACAAAAUAACAAUAUGUUUUCACAAUGCUUCUAAUCCACCAGUGUACCGAAGACUCUUAAGUGCUGACAAGACAGAAAGGGACACGGCAGAAAGAUGCCUUAUUAAGGUGUCACGUCUUAUUCUACCACCUCAGCCUCUUCUUUCCAAGGCUGUUGCUUCAGACCUUGAGCAGAAGUUACUCUCCUGCAUGGUAAAUAUGCUUGAUGACCCUUCGAAGAAAGUUCAAACUGUGAGGUCAUGGGGAUGGAUCAUAUCUUUGCUUGGUCCAGAUGCAGUGAACAAUAGACCGCGGCUUAAUAAACUCCUAAAGGUUCCUGAGCAGAUGUUUACUGAUCUAAUCCCACAAGUUCAGGUUGCUACAAUGGUUUCCUGGAAAAAAUUGGUGGAUGCAUUUUUUCCUUCUCAGGCAACCGAGAUUGUGGUCCAACAAACUGUGAUUCCCCCAUUAAAACCCAUUGAACAGGCAAGUGCGCAGGGACAGAGAGGAUUUGUGUGCUCCAGUGAAUCAGAACUUGCUAGCUCAAUCGUGCAUGCAUAUCAAGGCCUUAUUGGGUGUUCAACAUAUCAAAUGGUUACCAUGGGAUAUUAG